AUGGAAUUUUUAAGUGAUUCAAUCGCUCAAACCGAUUCCAGCGAUAUCAAUAAAUAUUUUCAUUAUUUCUUCCUUUUUGCACUAAUAAGUGUUAUUCGUUUCGUCAGGGGUACGGCAGUAGCUAAAGUUGUCGCAGAAAAUGCCGCCAGACUGGAAGAUGUUGAGAAUCGUGUAAACCUGUUUGUGUACGAUGAAAUAUUCGAAGGAAAACGUUUGAGUGAAACGAUCAAUCAACAUCAUAUAAAUAGCAAAUAUCUGCCGUAUGUUAAAUUGCCAGAAAAUUUAGUAAGAUCAAAAUGCAUUAUCGUAAAAAACAUAAUUUUAUGCAGUUAUGUUCUUUGUCAGGUCGCUUUUACCGAUUUAGUAGAGUCUGCAAAGUACGCUGAUAUUAUUGUCUUCGCCAUACCGAGUAAGCACAUAAUUGACUUUUGUAAAACUCUUUUGGGUAAAAUUAAGCCAAGCGCUAUCGCGGUCUCACUAGUUAAGGGCUUUUUGCCUAGCGAAAGUGGCAUGGAAUUAAUAUCUCAUACGAUAACCAAAUAUUUAAAGGUUCCGUGUGCUGUACUGGUUGGUGUUAAUUUGGCCUCUGAAAUAGUGGCUAACAAAUUUUGUGAGGCUACAUUAGGCUGUCGAGAUACAAAACAGACGAGAAUAUUAAAGGAAAUUUUUAAGGGUCCAUCACUACGCAUCGUAGUAGUUGACGAUGCCGAUUGUGUGGAAGUGUGCGCUUUGCUCAAGCAUAUUAUGGCAUUUGGCACUGGUCUAUUGGAUGGCCUGGAUUGCAACGAAAAUACUAGAUCGGCCCUAAUUCGCUUUGGUCUUUUAGAGAUGAUGCAUUUUAUCGAUAUUUUUUUCCCGGGUAGUAAAUUGGGAACAUUUUUCGAAAGUUCUGGCUUAUCCGAUUUGAUUACCGUCUGCUAUGGCAGUCGCAAUCGACGCAUAGCUGAGGCAUAUAUACGUACCGAUUAUACGAUUGAGCAAUUGGAAGGUGAAUUAUUGAAAGGCCAAAAAUUAUUAGGUCCUAUGGUUGCUAAAGAAGUUAAUAACAUGCUAAAUAAUAAAGGAGUGGAAGCGAAGUUUCCAAUAUUUACCAUGAUUCAUAGAAUAUGUGAAUACACAGCAAGACCAAGCGAGCUCAUCCAAUGCAUAUACGACGUACCAGACCAUAUGUGAGUCAAGCAAAUAUUAAAUCUCGUAUAUCAUUCAAUCGAUUUUAAUCGCUUCAUUAUCUUCCUUGCAGUUUCCAUCCCACAAAUAUGUUUCCUUUGUAAAAUUUAUCAUGAUAUUCUUGUUUGCUUGCUUUGACAAUAACAAGGCAGGAAAACUGGACACAUGGGCUUUUAGAAAACAUACAAUUUGGAUAUACUGUUUGAUUUGGAUAUAUUUGAUUAGCCGCCUGAAAAAUCCCAACUGAAAACCACUUAUGCUAACCAAAAAUGAAAACAAAUCGAAAACCAAAAUUUUUGCUGCCUGUUAUCAAAUUCAAGUAUGCAAUCAAGACUCCCGGAAAAACCUGCGAUUAGUGCAUUUUCUGAUUUCCAGUUGUUUUUUUUUUAUUUCUUUCUAUUCUUAUUCUUUUUCCUAUACUCAAUAUAAUUAUUACAUUGUAUUUUAGACAUGUUUUCAAGUAAAAAAUUAUCUUCCAGAAAAAUUGCGUUUCCUUUUUGAGUUACAUGCAGUUUUUUUCAUCAAGCCAUCCAGAAAAUUGUUUACAUUACUUCCUAUUAAAAUUUAUACAUUGGUUAAGAACAUGUACACUUUUGCAACUCUUCAAAAACCCAUGCUCAUAACGAGGACCAUAAACUGGAAAGUCAACUUCAGCAAUCUAGGUUUGCCCUAAUUAAAAAAAUGUGUUGCAUAGAACGCACGCUGGCUUACUUUUUUCAUGUCUAACGCAUACCCACAUUCCUUCUAACUCAAACCAAAUGCAGGCAUCGCUGUUUCGUAAUACAUCGAUCCGUGACAAAAUCUAUUGUUUUAAUGUGGGCAGAUGGUGAUGUUAAUCGUCGUUAUGUGCCUCGCCUUUAUUAUGAAUAUAUGGACAAUCUUGAUCUGUCUGGUCCUCUUGAUCGGUAUACUAAAUUCUUAAAUAUUGUAUAUGAACGAUGUAAGAUCCAGAUAAAUAAUACUCUCUUACUAUCUGGGUAGUGUUCUCGCAGUCUUUUCUAACGACGGCGAUCUAUAUGUUUGUGGGAUCGACCCAUGUGUAAAUCAUGAAAGCACUUGUCAACAAGUCCAGCCAUACCAAAUGGAUAUCUUGUCACUUCAAAGUCUUCUAAAAACCCCUUUGCUAAAUGGACUUAACCUCUCUAGUCACAUUGAUUUUGCUUCUAUCCAGACUUCAGGGCAGCUAUGAUUUAAGUUCUCUCAGUUUCUAUAAAGUAAAAAUUCCUUUUUUUAAGAUCACUUCUCCACAGCGAAUGGGAGGUAAUUUUCCAAAACUUGGAAGAGAAAAUCUUUCAAAAAUAUACAAAGAAUUGCUUUACGAAAUAAAAUCAUCAGCCUUGUCAGCAAUUGAAUGCAAAUUGUUGAAACCAUAUGAGUGAAAUGGGAUUGCGUUCACACACAACCUCAGCAACUUUUACAAUUGUGUUUACGCUUGUUGAAAAGAAAACUCUUAGUAGUCUUGAUCACGAAGGAUAUGAUGAUGAUCUUCCUUCCGUUAGAUUUCUUGGCCACAUUUUUGAACCAAAACUGUUAGGAAUUUUAGCAUGAGCACAUAUCACCUCUUCCUCUCCGCCUCCCAACUAUAACUACUUAUACUUUUUUGUUUAUCAAAAUUACACAGGACAAAAUGCUGCAAGGACUGGCACCUUUGAAACAUAUAUAUCAUAUGUGCCUCGCCUGGGCGAAAUUUUUCUCGUGUAUUCUUAAAACAUUUGUAACGUUCGCGUACAAGUGUAUGCUAGGAAUUUUGUCGGUCUGCUUUGACCAGACCGCGUGAUUGCAGGAAUAGCGGCUUGCCUGGAAAUGUGUUUUUUUGAUCGCGACAAUAUGCGAAAAUAAGUUUUGUUUUAAGGAAAAUUAACAAAACUGUAUAUAUUCGUAUAAAUGAGAUGUAUAAGAGAAACGGAAGGAGCGCAAAAACACAGUAACACAAAAUAUCAAAACAUAUAGAAGUAUAAAAAUAAUAACAACAAUAAUAAAAAAAAGCAAAAACAUGAACAGUAACACAUUCUCUAGGCUUAAUGAGCUACAAAUGAGCUACGUUAGUUUACUUUGAGCCGAGAAUUCCGAAAUGUUAAAUAAUGCCAUUAGUGCUUAGGCAUAUAUGCGGCUAAAUUACAAAUUGCUAUAGGCUUUGGGAUACGGUUGUAACAAUCAUUGAUAAUGCUGAAGCUUUAAAGAGGUUAGCUCUUCAUGUUUGAAAAGUAAAGUGAGCGUCUUUUUUCUGAAUAUCUCUUUCUGCCAAUCCUGCGUGAUAGAAGAAUGCCGAUAUAGGUAAAAGAAAGGGAAAAAGAGAAAUAAGAAAAAAGCAAACAUUGUAUUACGAUCGAAAUGCAUGUGGGAUGCGAGCCCACGCCGUAACGACAGGCGCACUCGUUGCUGCUUAUUUCUAAUUUUUGUUCGAAGAAGCAACAACAUCUUAAAUUCGUACUAAAGAAAAAGAGAACAAAUAUUGCGUAUAAAGCUAACUGUUGAUGCUCACAACAACUAUAACUUAAAGACACAAUCAACAUUGUGAUCGUUAGUGAUCACGCAGCAAAAAUAGAAAACCAAAGAUAGUAAAGAAGGAAAAAACAAAAG